AUAACUGCUCUGUAGAAGUAUUUUGGUGUAACGAUAUCACGCAACUCGCAUCAUCGCAAGAAUAUAACCGAUUAACUCGAUAUGGCGUCUUCACUCCCCGAAUCCAAUACAUCUUUGACCUAUACACAACCUUCUUCUCAACCACAUUUAACACAUACACCCAUACCUACGCCAGGUCCACAGGAGGUGCUGAUCAAGAUCAAAGCCGCGGCUAUUAAUCCAGUAGACAUCCAACUAUGGGGAAAUCCCGUGAUCGGCUGGCUGGCAGGUAAAAAAGAGAAAGGAAUAGGGCGAGACUACUCGGGUGACAUUGUUGCCGUGGGGGAAGAAGCAAAGAGUGGAAAAUGGGAGGUUGGAGACGAAGUUUUUGGAUUGUGCAAUCGACCCAUGGCGGAAGGAACAUUCACACAAUACCUUUGUGUCAAUCCAACCUCCGAACCCAUCGCAAAGAAACCUAGCACUUUGUCUCAUCACGAAGCCGCCGCCAUACCUCUUGUUGUCUUGACCGCAUUCGCCUGUCUCGAUUGGCUCCCGUCUCCAUCCAGCUCUCCAUCUCCCUCGCAACGCCGUGUGAUCGUAUCAGGAGCAAGCGGCGGUGUAGGAAUGUGGUGUGUACAGCUAGCAAAGAAGCUCUACUCUUGCCAUGUCAUCGGCAUCUGCUCGGGUCCCAAUGCCGAUUUUGUGAGCAAAUUGGGCGCAGAUGAGGUAAUUGACUAUCGUACGCAAGACGUGCCAAACUCCCUGCUUUCCAAGAGGCCCGCUGGUACCAAAUACGAUCUGUACAUUGACUGUGUAGGUGGCACGGAAAUGUUCGAGCAUUGGAAGCAACUCCUUCAUCCCUCUGGCGCGUACAUAACCAUUGUUGGAGACAAAACUUCAAGGACCGCAAUGGGAGGACCGUUGACAUAUUUCACAUACCCAUCCCAAGUCAUACGACAUAUCCAGGGUUAUCUGUUUGGGCCGCGAUAUGCGAAUGUUAUUCUGUACCAGAAGAGCGAGUUGCUCGAGCAGGUGAGGGAGUUGGCAGAGAAGAGCGAUGUGCAGGUUGUGGUCCAAGAUGUUGUCAAGGGGAUUUUGACCGAAGAAAACCAUGUUGAAGCUUGGGAGAAGACUAAAAGCUAUAUGGUGGAAGGACGAGUCAAGGGUAAGAUUGUUAUUGACAUUGCGUAAGGUCUUGUGUGACGGUUAAAUAUUUACAUAGGAGUCG